AUACAUGGCAAUGUCUCGUCUAGCAACGCUUUUCUAUACGCUACUGUUGCUCACGAUUGUAUCCACCGCCCCGGCCGGUGGGAGAAGCAAACUCCUCCUCAUGGUCUUAGACGGUUUCCGCUGGGACAUGGACAAGCUUGAAGACUUGCCGAACCUGGCAGCCUUCUCAGCCGAGGGGGUGAAAGUGCCUUACGUAACGCCUGCUUUCACCACCUUGACGAUUCCAAACAUCUUCACAAUCUUAACAGGAUGUUAUCCAGAAACCCAUGGCGUCCUGCACAACAUCGUCUUCGACAAAUCCACUGGACAGCUCGGCUCUCCAGCAUACGUGAAAAAUAUAACCGAGUAUCUCAACCCCGGCAUCGAAACAAUCGGCAUGACGGCUAGCCAACAAGGCAGGCGUGUAGGGACCUACAAUCUUAUACCAAUCCCAGGCACAGGGACUGAUAUCUACGAGUAUGAACCCGAGCCUAGAAACGAAAGCUACAGCACAAUUUCGGCUGGAGUAGACAAGGUCCUGAAUUGGUUUUCGAACUCGAGCAUCGACUUCACCGCUUUCUAUGCGAACAUACUGGACGAAGCGGCACACUAUUUCGGGCCAGAGUCUCCGGAAGCCCGAUCGGCGCUAAGACAACUAGACCGUGUCAUCGGCUACUUGCUUCAACAGAUCAAACAGCGAGGAAUGAAGGACCUCAACGUCAUCCUGGUUGCUGAUCAUGGAUUCGAACAAGUCAAGAACGUUUCCAACCCGAUCGAGAUCCUGAGCUACGUGAACGCUUCGUCUCUCCAGAUGCUGAUCGCGGACUAUGGACCACUGGCCCUGAUUCAGCCUCUCCCGGGCCGAAAGGAGGAGGUGUAUGCUGCGCUGUCCGGAAAGCAUCCCAACAUGACAGUUUACUACAAGGAGGAUGUCCCUACCAGAUUCCACUAUGCCAACACUCCACGCAUGACGGACAUACUGGUGACGGCUGACCCUGGAUACGUUAUCUAUUCGCGCUAUCAAGGAUCGUCCUACUCACUCAAAGGCGACCACGGAUGGGACAACCGUUACCAGGACAUGAAGGCGCUGUUCCGGGCGUGGGGACCCGACUUCAAGCGGGGAUACGUGCGUCCGGCCCCGUUCGACUCGGUCCACAUCUACCCUCUCAUGUGCGAGAUCCUCGGGGUGAAACCUGAGAUAAAUAACGGUUCCCUGGCAGAGGUUAAAGAUAUGUUAGUGCGAGUGAGUAGUCAGGGAUUUCAAACUAUGGCGACAGCUCACAUGUUACUGAUUGUCAUGGCUGCAAUGAUACUCACUUGAUGUGCGCAAAUCUAAUGAAUUUUCCCCAGUUAUAUCAGAUGUUUCGUAAUACCACUGUCACAUUUGGCGAAAAUCGAUCGGACGACGAUUCUGCGGCAAUCGCCCGAGCCUCGCUUAUAACAAUAACUUUAUUGCAUAACAACUGUACUAAG